AUGGCUCCCGUGGCCAAGCUCCAGAGAGUUCCAGCGAUGCUGUUGGUGAUGUUUAUUUCGCUCGUUCUCCCAGCCGUGGCGUUUGACGGAGGGGACGCCGUCGCACUUCUGCUCGGGGUUACCACAUCGGUGGUGGGCGUUUGUGCGUGCAGCGGGUUGGGUCAUUUUUGA